AUGGAGGAGCAACAGCCCCGGCAGGAACGCGCCGCGUGCGAGCCGAGAGAAGCCCCCGAAGAGAGCGUGGCGCUCCGCUUCCAGCGCGGCUUCCUCGCCGGGAAGCGGCUGCGCGAUUUGCCCUGGGAGGUGAGGAGGCGGAGCGAAGGACGCGCGGUCGGGGGCUGGCCUGGGCGUGCCUUGCGCGGAAGCAGAGGACUGGGCGAGGAUGAGAACGGAGGAGUCUGGUUCUGGUCGGGGGGCGGCAGAGGGGCUUUGUUGGGGGACAGAGGAGCAGUCCUUUGCAUUAGGAGAAAAGCCUUAGACAGAGCCUUUGGUCUGCUACUGGCUGAAAUAAGAAUUCGGCCGCGUGGACAGAAGUGGUUUUUUUAAAAAAAAUAAAAAGAGCAACAGCUGAGAGCAUGCACAAAGUAGUUUUCCCCGGCCACAGUUUAAUCCCAGCCAGCAUCUGCUGCUAAGAGCCUGACUGCUGGAUCAAGCCAAAGGCCGCUUUAGUCCAGCAUCCUAUUCUCACAAUGGCCUCCCAGAAUCCUUGUAUACAAGAGUACAGUGGUACCUCGGGUUAAGUACUUAAUUCGUUCCGGAGGUCCGUACUUAACCUGAAAUUGUUCUGAACCUGAAGCACCACUUUAGCUAAUGGGGCCUCCUGCUGCUGCCGCGCCACCAGAGUACAAUUUCUGUUCUCAUCCUGAAGCAAAGUUCUUAACCUGAAGCAUUAUUUCUUGGUUAGCAGAGUCUGUAACCUGAAGCGUAUGUAACCUGAAGCGUAUGUGACCCGAGGUACCACUGUACACUCUCCAGCAACUGCUAUUCAGAUACAUACUGUCCCUGAUACGGGAAGUUGCAACCACCAUGGCUAGUAGCCACCGAAUUUAAAUGCAUCAGAGAGUAGAUACAGUGGUACCUCGGGUUACAGACGCUUCAGGUUACAGACACUUCAGGUUACAGACUCCGCUAACCCAGAAAUAGUACCUCGGGUUAAGAACUUUGCUUCAGGAUGAGAACAGAAAUCAUGCAGGGGCAGCAGGAGGCCCCAUUAGCUAAAGUGGUACCUCAGGUUAAGAACAGCUUCAGGUUAAAAACGGACCUCCCGAACGAAUUAAGUUCUUAACCCGAGGUACAGCUGUACUUCUGUGGCCUUCCUGGUCCAGCAUUCUAUUCUUACAGUGGCCAAACAGAUCCCCUGGUUGGGAUGCCUGCAAGCAAAUCUCUCCCCACCUGCAGUUGUCAACAAGACUCUCCAUACUGCUAUGUGGCUACUGGUGGUGGUGACCUUUGCAUAGCUGUAGCUUUACACCUUCUUUGCAGAUAGUUUCAUUUUGCACUUUAUUAUAAAUUGUCCACCUGGAACUUUAGUUGAAGGUCAGGCAGGAAAUUUUUUGACAAAUAGAUAAUGUGCCCGUUCGAUCCUAGGUUAACCUGAGCGUGACCUGCCUUGGCGUCUCUCCCAUUUUGUGAGAUACACUACCUAAUCCGCUCCUGGAAGAAAGGCUUAAAAUGGAAAAGCUAUUCUUAAUCCAUAAUUGGACCGUCUACCCAGGGGUUUAAUUAACCUGGACAUGAACUCAACGGUGGUUGAGUUGCAGCCAAAUCCAAUGCAAAAACUUUUGAACUUCCAAGGGAAGGGCACGAAAAUCUCAGGUCAAGCUCCAGCAUCGCCAGUUAGUGGUGUGAAAGAUUCCUGAUCUGAACAGUUCCUGGAGAGCCACUGCCAGUCAGGGUAGACAGCACUGAGUUUGAUGGACUAAUGUAUAAGGCAGUUAAGACCAUUAGUCCAUCAAGCUCAGUAUUUGCCUACCCUGUGUGUCAGUGGCUCUCUGGGGACUCCUGGGUGAGAGUAGCUCAGUCAGUAGAGCACGAGACUCUUAAUCUGGGGUCGUGGGUUUGAGCUCUGUGUUGGGCAAAAGAUUCUUGCAUUGCAGGGAGUUGGGCUAGAUGACCCUCGUUGUCCCUUCCAACUUUACAAUUCUAUGAUUCUGCAGACCAGGAACCUUUCCCAACCCUAACUAGAGAUGCUGUGGCUUGGACCUGGGAUCUUCUGCAUGUAAAGCAGGUGCUCAGCCACUUAUAGCUUGCUCAACUCAUUCUCUGUGAAGCAGUACAUGAUACUCUCAGACCUUCCUUUAGGCUGGAAUCCUAAACAUAAGAACCUCAGAAGUGGGAGGCCGAGGGUUCUAGAGCUGCUCCUGCGUUUGACCCGUGUGGGGGAGGACUGCUGGUUUCUCCCACCUCUUUAGGAUAACCAGGCAACAAACAAAAAAGACUUGUAUUUAAGGCUGAUGAAUGUUCUGUAAGCAUCCUUGUCGCUUUUGAUCAAUGAUCGGGUCUAAAAAUUCUUUCUUCGUUCAAGCGUUCAUAUGAUUUGCAACAAGCUCAUCUCAGCAAUAUUGAAUGUGACAGCUUACCACUGUAUUAUUUUAUCGCUAAAUAAGCGGAUAUGAAAAUAGCUGCCAAAAGUAGCUCCUGACCACCUUGAACACAACCACUACUUCUUUAAAACUCUCCAGGGGUCCCUGCACUGAGAAGCCUGGUGUUGGAGGGGGUAUUGAAUGCAAUCCACCCACUUGCUCCAUGCUGGAAAUGUACAGCUGGCGCAUCCCCAAUAGUUAGCAGAUUGACACUCCUUGAAGACUUCCAGUUAGGGAGGACCUACCAUCUCUAAGGAUAAGACCCAUUGAACACAGUGGGCUUUCCUUCUAAGUAAAAAUGCAUGAGAUUGUGCUGUUCAGGGCCAUUAAAGGUAAAGGUAAAGGGACCCCUGACCAUUAGGUCCAGUCGUGUCCGACUCUGGGGUUGCGGUGCUCAUCUCGCUUUAUUGGCCGAGGGAGCCGGCAUACAGCUUCCGGGUCAUGUGGCCAGCAUGACUAAGCUGCUUCUGGCGAACCAGAGCAGCGCACAGAAACGCCAUUUACCUUCCCACCGGAGCGGUACCUAUUUAUCUACUUGCACUUUGACGUGCUUUUGAACUGCUAGGUUGGCAGGAGCAGGGACCGAGCAACGGGAGCUCACCCCGUUGCAGGGAUUUGAACCGCCGACCUUCUGAUCGGCAAGUCCUAGGCUCUGUGGUUUAACCCACAGCACCACCCGCGUCCCGUUCAUGGCCAUUACUUGGUACUUAAAAAGACUUGAGCCACAGGCCCGUGACACAGAUUUGCAUCCUAGGAACUGAGGUAGUUGCCAUUGGUCCAUCUAGCUCAAUAUUGUCUGCGCUUACUGGCAGAGGCUCUCCAGGAGUUCAGGCAAGGAGUCUCUACCAGCCAAACUGCUGCAGAUUGAACCUGCAAUCUCACUCUUUUAAAAAGAAAAAACCUUAACCAACAAAAUGCAGUGUUGCAUCGGCUGAUAAAUUCCACUAGCCCCUUAUGCCUGCACGGAGCUCUGCAUUUCUUGUGUGGUAUGCUAGUAGCAGAGUGUGUUGCUUUAAUUUAGUUUUUUAAUAAAGUUGUUUCUCCCCUCAAAGUAAAAUUAAAUAUGGGCGAUUUCUUCUUUCCCAGAAAGUUCUUUGCCUGAUGCUUUCAUUCAUCUGUUAACAGCAUUUGGUAAUUUAAAGCAGCAGCAACAACAAAAGAGUUUAAUUUCAGCAACUGAAAGCACCAGAGAAUAUUUCCAGCGUAGAUCAGAAAAGCAGCAUUGCAGCAACUGCUGUUACAAAUGCACACAAUAAAUAGAAUUAAAUAUCACUCUGCUAAUUGCUACAUUUGCCUUUCCUGUCGCGUUCCAUUAUUUCCUAGCUGCUUUGGGUAGCAAGAGGCCAUAGCUCGGUGGCAGAGCUUCUGCUUUGCAUGCAGAAGGUCCCAGGUUCAAUCCCAGGUAGGGCUGAGAACGAUUCCCUGCCUGAAACCCUGGAGGGCCGCUGCCAGUCAGUGUAAGAUGGACCAAUGGUCUGACUCAUUAUAAGGCAACAUCCUAUGUUCCAUGAAGCAACUUCCAAACAUUCCAAGCAGUGUAACCAAGAAGUGGUAUCUAAGUGUUGGGAUACUGCCAGGGAGACAAAGUCCAUCAUGGCCCCACGUCGCCUCCGGUGCGUCCAUCGAUCUCCCGUAGACACGCAGUAUCAGCAAUUAGCGACAUGAGCUCCAGAAAUAGCUUCCCACAUUCUGGAACUGAUGCACGCUCUGUUAGCAGAUAAUGCACAGCCAAAGUCGCACUCAGGAGAGCAUUAUUUACAAGUUUUAUUCAGCGUUGAUCAGAACAAAGAAAAACAUGACCGCCUGCUUCAGCGUUCAGGCACCGAGAGAGAAACGAAAGCAACAGAAAACAUAAAUAUCCUGUGAACAGGAAAUACGCAGACUCUGACUCACAAAGCCUGCUCCCUUUUAAGGUGGAACGGAAAUAUCCUAACACUAAGACAGAGCUAUGGGGGCUUUGCAGAUGGAAGUGGAGCAGAUUCCAGUGGCUAGAUUCACCGUAUGCAAAAGGCAGCAUUAGCCCAGGGGUAACACGCACACACACACUUGCAGAGGGACAGUUCUCAAAAGUUGUCCAACUGUGUCCAUAACUUAUACAAAGUCUUCACCCACUUUCUAGUCUGCAAAAGCUUACGCCAUAAUAAAAUUCAUAGUUGGGGUGCCACAAUACCUUUUUGCUGCUCCCUCCUCACACACCUUACCUGAUCAUUUAUGUUUCUUGUGAUCUAGGAUCUUGAACAGAUACUAAAGAAUUCAGAAGACUCCUCGCCACUGCUGACUGUUUUACAGAAGGUAAACUUCUAUGGAUAACUGAAUAUACUUCAUGCUCCAUAUGCAAUUAGAUACUGUGAAGAAACUGAGGUGGUGGGGCAGCUACGGGUGAAUCUGGCCCCUCACAGACAAUCUACCACUUUUUCUAGUGAUGAGUUUUUCUCUUUGGGUUUUGUUUCGGGGGCUUUGGGAGGAGCGGUGACCAGUUUCAUAUUGCAAGCAACAGUGCAUCUUCACACUGAUCUACAUCUUCAGAAAAAGGCAUGCGGCAGAGCCUUUCAAAGACUGUGCCACCAGAAAACAGGUGGGGAAUUUAACGUUUGAGGGUUUUUCUCUGUAAAACAACAUGGGAAAUAAGCAUGUUGGGUGGAAAAGGGGGUCCAAAAUUAUCAUUUUUCUGAAACGCUUCCUUUCAGUGGGCAGUGAAUCCAUGCUGUGAGGCAGCAGUCAGUCACCCAAACUCCCACCUAUUAUAAUAGUGUAGGUUGGUGGGGGAGGGGGGGCUGCCUGGAUUAUAUCCAUGGGUCUGUUCCGGGCCUGUUAUCCUGCAUCUAUGAGGUUUAGACUCUAAUAGAAGAAGAAGCUGAACUGGUUGGAUAAUAUAAUAGCGUUAGCUGGCCAGUUAAAUCCUGCCAGUUAUAUGUCCAAAGAGGUUUCCCUGUUGCUUUAAAUUACAAUGAUUACAUCAUCACUUUUCCAACAUGUUUUGUAACAUAUAGUUGUGUGUUUUACUUUGGCCCGAGGGUAGCCAACUCCUCUACGACUCCCAUCACCCCUGACCAUUAGCUAUCUGCGGCUGAUAGGAGUUGGAGCCAACAACAUCAGGAGAGGCAGCGGGUUGGCUACCCCUACUUUGGCCUGGGACACACACAGUUAUUUCAGUGUGUUGCAUUUAUGGCUUUUGUGUUUAUUUGUUUCAGACUGUUUUUCACCCGCUGUGCUUGAAGUACCCUCUCUCAGUGAAGUAUAGAAGAUGCUUCUUAUCAGAGCUUAUUAAGAAGGUAAAAAUAUGAUAGUAAUAUGGCUUAUACCAUUGAAGUUCUGAUAGUUCAGUCCUUCAUGGUAUCAUCACCUGGAGAUUAAACCACUCUAAGGCACUCUUCGUGGGUCUGCCCCUUGAAGACAGUACAGAAACUUCAGCUGGUUUUAAAUGCAGCUGCCGGACUGCUGAUUGGAACUAGUUGAUCCUAUAUUUUUUAUUUUAUUUGCAGAAUUUUAUACCCACUCUUCAGCCAAAAACGCUUCCUGCUUGUCAGUUUCCCAUAGGCACCCAGUUGGCCGGUGUGAGGGCAAGAUGCUGGACUAUUUGGGUUAUGUGACUUGUAGGAAAGCCCUAUAUGGCCUAGGACCCUCGUACCUACGGGACUGCCUCUCCUGGUAUGUCCCACAGAGGAACUUACGGUCUUCAAACAAAAAUAUAUUGAAAGUUCCAGGCCACAGAGAGGUUAGGCCUGCAAGACAGAGCUGUUCCACCAGGCCUUUGGCCAGGGCACAGCCUGACUCCCUCCUUUGGCAAUCUCCACAGAACUCUAGCCCAGUGGUUGCCAUCAGUUUGAUUUGAAUUAAUUUUAUAAUGAAAUGAUUUUGGAAUGUUGUAUUAUUUUAUUGUUGUUAGCCACCCUGAGCCCGGCUUCGGCUGGGGAGGGCGGGAUAUAAAUAAAAUGUAUUAAUAAUAAUAAUAAUAAUAAUAAUAAUAAUAAUAUUGGAAAGAACCCUCACUCUGGGGGUGGGAGGCUUGGAACCUCCCCAAAACAGCUCAGUGAGGACUGAGCAUGCUCAGUAUGCAUGGAAUGCUGGUGCCCAGAUGUGGGAGGGAGGAUGGAACGGAACAGCUGGAAACCAGAACGGCUGCACUCUGCAAUUGCAACAUGAACCCACGACUGUGGUUGCUGCCUGUGUGAUAUUCAAAGAUCACUGGACUUCUGGUUCUUUCUUUUUUCCAUGCAGCAUGAGUCUAUGGGUGCUGAACCUCUGGAACAGCUGUAUGAAGCGAUUGGGAAUGUCUUAAACACUGAAGAAACCACACAGUGUUAUAAAAGCUAUUUACUGGUAAAUAAGAAUGUCUUUAUUCUGUGUGUACUGUGGGUGACCUUUCUUUAUGGAUUUGCAUUGAUAUCCCUCUUUUCCUCCAAAGUGCUCUGGGUGAAAUAUGUGGUUCCUCCCCCAUUUUGUGCUCACAACAACCCUGCGAGGUUGGUUAGGGUGAGAGACAGCAAUUGGCCCAAGAUCAACCAGUGAGAAGAAGAAGAAGAAGAGUUUGGAUUUGAUAUCCCGCCUUUCACUCCCCUUCAGGAGUCUCAAAGCGGCUAACAUUCUCCUUUCCCUUCCUCCCCCACAACAAACACUCUGUGAGGUGAGUGGGGCUGAGAGACUUCAGAGAAGUGUGACUGGCCCAAGGUCACCCAGCAGCUGCAUGUGGAGGAGCGGAGACGCGAACCCGGUUCCCCAGAUUACGAGACUAUUGCUCUUAACCACUACACCACACUGGCUCUGUGAUGAGCUGCAUGACUGAGUGGGGAUUUGAAACCAGGACUGCCAGAUUUUAGCCAGUGGAGUAGUGGCAAAGUCAGAGGUGCGGGGUUUCUUCAUGAUAGUAACAGUCAACCCCCCUUCUAAGAUUAUGCAACCUUUAUAAGACUAUUGCAUAAUUAUACAAUAAGAAUAAUUGGGGAUGAAUUGCAACCAUCAGGGCAGAACUCUAUAUGUGUUAGAUCUACUGUUUUCUGUGCAUUUUACAUGGGGAAAUGAUUUGGAGUGCUCAGGUAUUUAAGUGUUUUCUUAAAAUAUUAUGGUGUAUUGCUCUCUUUUCUUUUUUGGUAGCCCUCUGGAGAUGCCAUUACACUUUGUGAGAGCGUAGCAAUUAUUUCACGGGGAACCACAGGCCUUGUCACGUGGGAUGCUGGUCUUUUCCUGGCUGAAUGGGCGCUGGAGAAUUCUGCAGUUUUUUGUAACAGGUAGCUAUUUCUUGUUGUGCUCGGUCAUAGGCAGACCCCAGUGCUGGUCAGGGCUUAGCCUUGGGAUCCCUGCAGAGGUUUGUGAGGAGCUAUUGGAAGGCAAACCAGACGGCAGUUUAGUUUUGCCGUCGGUGGUAUUGACCUUUUUUUUCCACGGUGGUAUUGACAUUCUGAGUCACUGUUGUUUCUAAUGCUGUUUUACUAUAUCUUGUCAACCACCUUGGAACUGAUAAGGAAAGGUGGUGUGUGCAUGUCUAGAUAGAUUGAUAUAUUAAUAAAUUUAUGAUUAGACUUAAAUAAAUAGUAUUUGGCGGUAUAUUUAUUUAUUUUUAUUUAACAGGAUUUAUAUACCAAUUAAAAUGUCAAAGCCUUUAAGGAGUUUUCUUAGGCCAGUCAUUUUCUCUUUUUUUUGCAAGUGAAUUUUUAUUGUUUUCCUUACAUAUUCUUUUCCAACAAAUUGUAAUAGCACCAUACAUUCCCUUUGACUCUGCCGAGUCACGACCCCCCUUCCUCCCCACAACUGGUAUAUUUAUCCUCUUUCCAUCACACACAUCAUUCUCAUAUUAGUACUAUUAAACAUUGGAGGUAUUAUGUCAAUCCUGCUAGUGUCUUGACCUCUUUACAAUUCUUCUUUAAAUAUUCAAUAAAUUUACUCCAGUUAUUUUGGUAUCUUUGAUCUCCCUGGUCCCGGAUCCUCCCUGACAGUUUGGCAAGUUCUGCAUAUUCUGUCAACUUCGCCUGCCACUCCUGUAUAGUUGGUAUAUCUUGUACUUUCCAUCUUUGGGCCAGAAGGGUCCUCGCGGCAGCUGUAGCAUACAUGAACAAAUUUUGAUCUUCUAUUUUAAUUUCUGUUCCUAUUAAGCCUAAAGACACGCUUCCGGUCUUUUGGGGAAAGUAUAUCUAAAUAUUUUUUUGAGUUCAUUAUAAAUUGAUUCCCAAAUUUUUUUUACCUUAUCGCAGGUCCACCACAUAUGGAAAUAGUCCCCAUCUGCCUUUUUGCAUUUCCAGCACUUUCUUUCUUUUUUCCUAUACAUUUUAGCUAAUUUUACUGGCGUCAAAUGCCAUCUAUACAUCAUUUUUAGCAAUAGGCCAGUCAUUUUCUCAGCCUAACCUACCUCACAGGGUCACUGUGAGGAUAAAAUCGGGAGAAAGAGAACCACCUUGAGCUCCUUAGAGGAAAGGUGGGAUAUAAAUGUAAUAAAUACCUAAAAUAUAAAAUAUCCAUUAAAAUGGCUGAUGAAAUUGGACUUCAAAAAGAAGCUAGCCUAACUUUUUUUUUCAAAAUCAAAGCAUUUUUAAAAAUGUAUGUUAUUAGAUAAAAUUACAUUUUAAAUCCACGUAAAAAUGUACAUGUCUGGAUAGGCGUGGUCAACCAAAAAAAAGGGUAAUAUUCAAUGCAGUUGUUCUUUCAGUGCAAGGACUUUUGGCUGUGCAACAGGGCUUUCUCUCCCUCCCUCAUCACCCGCUUCUCAAGUCCCCUAACCCCCCCCCCAAAGCAAAUUCAGGGAAGGUGAAGGGGAAAACAGGGAGAGAAAAAGAGUGGAGUUCUGUUGUGCACACAAAAGUCCUUGCAUAAGUGCAUUGGAUACGUCCCAAGGUUUAUAUAUAUAUAUAAAAUGUAUAUAUGUGUGUGUGUGUGUGUUGUAUAUUUUGCUCCAAAGAUGCUUGAAACCCAAAAAUGAUUUGAAAAUGUGGGAUCUGAAUGUAUGGAAAACCUGCUUUCAGCUUAGCUACCUCCCUGAAACCUUUAGCUUCCUACUUUUAUUGCUCAUAUCCUCGUCAUCUUUAACAUGAUUUGCUGCUGUUCUCUUUUUUAGGAGUGUGUUGGAACUAGGAAGUGGAACCGGACUGACAGGCAUUGCAAUUUCCAAAGCUUGCCGUCCCAGGACGUACACGUUCAGCGAUCACCACGAGUGUGUUCUUCAACAGCUGUCGGAGAAUAUCCGCUUGAACGGCCUGUUUCUGCCGCCUGGAACUCGCGGUCAUGGCGUGGCAAAACAAGAGACCUGUGAGGCUGAGCUUCCUAGAAUCCAGGGCCCUGAAAUAACCGUAGCAGAGCUUGACUGGAACCUAGUUACAAAAGAACGGCUGGCAGAACUUCAGAGCCCUGACGUCAUCAUUGCUGCAGGUACAGUACGCUGAAUGCAAGUGUUAUGUUUAGACCAGGCAUAGGCAAACUUGGCCCUCCAGAUGUUUUGGGACUACAACUCCCAUCACCCCUGACCACUGGUCCUGUUAGCUAGGGAUGAUGGGAGUUGUAGUCCCAAAACAUCUGGAGGGCCGAGUUUGCCUAUGCCUGGUUUAGACUACUGUAAUGUGCUGUGGGUGGGGCUUCCCUUAUGACUAGUCUGGAGGCUGUAGCUGGUGCAAAAUGCCACUGCCCUUAUCGGGUGCAAAUAUUGCCAGUCCUCAGGGAUCUGCAUUGGCUGCCCAUUAACCCCUGGAUCUUGUUUUUUACAUUGAGAGUCCUGAAGAUCUCUGGAGCAUAUUACCUCAAAGAUUGUAUUCACGAUCCAUUAUUAUAUGUGGAACUCUGCUGUUUUUGCCACAGCUUAAUAGUUAUCGCCUUGCGGUAAAGCAGAGGUGGGCUUUUUUACAAGCGGCUCCAGUGUGGUGCCUUCAGCAAGAUCAGGCAGUUAAUUUUUUAAUUCCCAUACUAUUUAUAUAAUCAACAACAUAGUGCUUAGUUUCCAAACACGUAGAUCAUCUCAGUUGCCCUCCUCCACACACAUUGUCAAUAUCUUUCUUAAAAAUGGUGGUGCCCAGAACUGGACUCCAGGGUCUGACCACUUGGGGUUUCAGACAGCAGCAUCCUCUGAUGUCACUAUGACACCAGGAGACUGACAGGUGGAUGACCCUGCCCACCUCUCAAAGUUGGGGGGCCCAGGGGUUGAGGAGAUAAAAAUUUAGCCUGCCAGCCAAUAAAGACUCUAUCCAAUAGCUUUCUCCCAGAUUUUCCCCCAUGUACUUUCUGCUUUCUUCAUUUUCUUUGUGUGUCUGUUUUUGGAAUGCACCUUUUCCAAGCAGAUGUGGUAUAUGAUCCGGAGCUGACACAGUCCCUUAUUGGCAUUCUGCAAAAGCUUUCCAGCUGCAACGGUGAUGGGGAGGCCCCAGAAGUCUACAUCGCCUGCACAAUUCGAAACCCAGAUACUUACUGCCGGUUUCAAACAGAGCUUGGUAGGUGUCCUUACUCUCAGAAUCUUGAACCAGCUAUAGAUCCCAGAUCUAGCUAUAGAUCUAGGUUCUGCAGAUAAAUUGGGAUGAGGAACAUUUUGGCAGCCUUGCUGAGUGUAACCCCUUUUCUUCCUGUCUCUCAUUCCAGGUAAAGUUGGGAUCAGAUGGCAAGUUGUCCCCAGCCCUCAGAAGAAUCUUUUCUCUUAUGACCAACAUGCUAAUAUAACAAUUCUAAGAUUGCGUGUUUAA